GGAAGAAAACGCCACCACAGAGCACAGGUGAUAGACCGAGCCGUCGGUGGCAGCCUUUCGUGAUGGGAAACAUGGGAAAACUGCAAGAAUUUGACAUCACUUUUAAGGACAAUAAAGUUGUUUAUAGUCCUGGAGAUGCCGUUUCAGGCACGCUGAAAAUUACAACCGCCCAGGCUCUACUAUUUAAAGAUAUCAAGGUGAAUUGCCAAGGCUUCUGUGGUGUCACCAGCAAGAUCGACGACACAGCCUGGACAGUGGAAGAGCAGUACUUCAGCAGCACUCUCUCUGUGGCAGAUAAAGGAACCCUGAAACAGGGAGAUCACAGUUUUCCAUUCAAGUUUCUCAUUCCAGCCUCUAUUCCCACAUCCUUUGAAGGGAACUAUGGAAAAAUUAUGUACAGAGUGAGGGCUUUCAUCGACACUUCUCGCUUCUCUAAGGACUAUAAGACUGAGAAGCCUUUCUACCUGCUGAGUCUCCUCAACCUCAACGAAGUGCCUGACAUCCAUGGACCUAGUUCAUCUUCCGUUACUAAGACGUUCACCUACCUGCUGGGGGUGAAGACCGGAACGGUGGUGCUGAAGGCCCAGAGUGACAUGAAGGGCUACACCCCUGGUCAGGUCAUCAAACUGACCACAGAGAUCGACAACCGGUCUGGGAAAACCACGGGGACUGUGGUGGCCCGUCUCAUUCAGAAAGUGACUUACCAGACGAAGAAGCCUACCAUUGACUUGAGGACUUUAGUGCAGGUGGAAGGUACUGGGGUGAAGGCUGACAAACAAGCUGAGUGGAAGGAGCAGAUUAUUGUACCUCCUCUGCGCCAGUCAUCUAUGGCUGACUGUGGCCUAAUAAACAUGGAAUACUUUAUUCAAAUCUCUCUGAAAUCUCCUGUGGUGUCAUUUUUGUUGCCCAUCCACAUUGGAAACAUCUCAGUGGACACCACGUCAGCACAGCUCUCCAGACCACCUCCCCAAACCCCUGAUCCUCUUUACUCCUCUGCCAAGCCUGCCAAGCUAGAACACAGCAGCCGCUCUGAGCCAUCCUCCCAUAACCAAGGACAUCCUACUACUGCCCCUCGCUCUGCCCGCCGCCCAGCCCCAAAACCUGUUCCCAGGAUGAGAGUCUCUACUUCUUCCCCCAGUGCCCCUCCAGCUGAGAUGGACUAUCUGGCCAACUCCAUGCCCACCCUCUACCCACUACUACCGCCAGAGUACAGCACCUCCACACUCCCACAUGAAGCUCCUCCCAGCUACGUUGAGAGCUGUAUCAGCAACACAUAAACAUCAUGAAACAGGAGAGACUGACUGCUGGCAACUGUACACUGAACAUUACAAUCAACCUCCCUACUAGAGGAUCAUGAUGCCAGGCAGCCCUCAAGUUAAUUAGUAUUGGUUAAGCAGCACCUUUUUACUGAUUGUUUUCACACAAUUUUAGCACUUUCAGGACAGUAAUAUGUUUGUUUUUUUUAUAGCUGGAGCCAAGUUUUUAAAGUUAAGUCUGUGUCAUAUAGGAUUAGUUUAGGGGUCUCCCGUGUGGUGUAGCAGUCUAAGGCACUGCAUCGCAGUGCUUGAGGGCUUCACUAAAGACCGGGUUCGAUCCCAGGCUGUGUCGCAACCGGCUUUACUUGGCUCAUCACGCAUUAGCAACUCCUUGUGGCGGGCCGG